AUGCCCGGCCUCCGAUCGUCGCUGGCCGCCUGCCUGCUUCUGCUGCUUCUUGACUGCACCCCGUGCCGCGCUGCCAGCCAGACGGCCCCGACACCAACCAUUACUACCGCCCCCGUCUUCAUCCCGGACUAUCCCAGCCAGUCAUGGUCGCUUUUCCGGGGGAGCGUCCUUUCCACGAAUCAGACGGCCAGCGAGACCACAUACACAAUAUUUUGCCCGACCGAGACGCCUGCCGCAUGCGACAUCUCUCUAGAGUUUCCAUUCAUCAUCGUCGAGGGACAAAGCACGCUCAAGUUCCACGGAACCUUGACAUCCACCUACAUUGCCGACCUCGCGUGCAAUAUGAACGGAACGACAGCCGCCACCUGCUCGGGCUACUCGAGCUACGCAUCGGGCUACACCAACGGCCAUCAUACCGGCCCUACUGAGGUGUCGUGGACUUCGACGCUGUCCGGCACUCACGUUCAGUGGGGCGUACUGACGCUGACCGACAAGCCAACGACGACGGACAACAGCCUCGACGUCACACCGACCGACAUCACGGCACCUACCGUGGCCUCGUCGGUACUCUACGGCCCGAAUAUCACAAGUACAAGCUCGGGCGGAAGAGAAACAGUUGAUAAUCGCAUGUUGACCGUGGUCGCGGCUGCCGCCUUGCUUGUAGCGGCUGUCCUAGCUUAG